AUGAAAUUGAUACUGACGGGAGCCACCGGGUACGUUGGCACGGAAGUCAUUCGGCUUGCUCUUCGCAAUAAAGCCAUUAGCUCCGUCGUGGCACUUGCUCGCCUGCCUGUUCAGGUUCCUGAGCACGUUGGUCCGGACGCGGACGAGUCCAAGCUGCAAUCUGUUAUCCUCGACGACUGGACAGCGCCGUAUCCCGAGUCUGUGAAGGAGAAACUCAAAGGCGCCGAUGCGUGCAUAUGGUGUCUGGCAGUUACCCCGACCAAGUCCCAAAAGAUGGACUUUGCAGAUGUCACCAGGAUCUGCUCCGACUUCACCAUCAACGGUCUCCAUAACAUCGCCUCUGUCGCGAACAAUCCCUUCCGUUUCAUCUACACAUCUGGCGUCACAGUGGAGCGCGAUCAGACCAAGACCCUCUGGUUUCUGUCUGACUACCGCCUCAUGCGCGGUCGCAUCGAGAACGCAAUCCUGGAUUUCGCCAAGCAACAUGAACCCGCCGUACAAGCUACCGUCACUAAGCCCGCGGGCGUAGAAGGCCCUGGCCGCCCCAGGACCCUCGCCGCCACAAGCAUUCUCAAGCAAUUCGGGCACACCCCCUGGGUUCACCUGUCGGAGCUUGCCGCUGCCAUGAUCGACCAAUGCCUGAAUGGCAUCACCAAGGAUCCCUUAUGGGCCGAGGAUUUGGAGGAAAUAGGGGCGCGAGUGCUACGAAAGGAGGAUUAUGCGGGAUAUGAGCCCGAGGCGCUUUGA